GCGAAGAGCCCAUAUCAUUUCUGUUGUGUUUUCUGCUUCCAAACUGCACAAUCGAAAGCUCCGAUUUUCCCUUUUCCGGUCUUCUUUUCCCCAUUGUGUGAGCUAAAAUUCGGAGUUCUUGUUCUGAAUCUCGGGCUUGGAAAGCUUGGAGAUAGCUCGUCCUCUUAUCCGUUUGCAGUUAUUUGUGGGCACAAACUUGGUGUUAUGGGCGACAGUCAAACCAUGAUGGAACAAGCAUCUUCUGUAGCUCAGAAUGUUGCUAGUGUUAAUGCUUCUGAUGCAGCUGGUUCCAUUCUUCCAGAAACUGAAAAUGCUGCUCCUGGUGGCAUAUCUAAUACAGGAGAAAUCGUUUCUUCAUCCAGUGGAGUGAAUGCAGAUGCUGGGAGUACUCAUGUGGUGCUAGAAAAUGUUUCCCAGCAAGAAACCCCUGUUACAAUGGCCUAUGAUGCUGGUGAAAAUUUGACUGGUCUUGCAAACUCAUCAGCAAAUUCAGCUCAAGUUUCUGUUUAUGAUGCUUCACUCGGCAAUGGCGAUAGCAUGACCAGGGAUGGAGCAGCCAGUAUUAUUUCUGAAAAUGGGGUUGCUUCAGCCGAUGUUACUGGAUCUGCUGCUAUGUAUCAACCUUCGGAUGGUUCUGCCCUCAGCGCAGAAGAAGAAAGGUUAUGGAGCAUAGUAACAACUAAUUCUUUGGACUUUGAUGCUUGGACUACUUUAAUUGACGAAACAGAGAGAAAAUCAGAGGGCAAUAUUUCAAAGAUUAGAAAAGUUUAUGACACAUUUUUGGCGGAAUUUCCUCUUUGCUAUGGCUACUGGAAGAAGUAUGCUGAUCAUGAGGCACGACUAAGCUCUGUGGACAAAGUUGCACAGAUUUAUGAACGAGCUGUUCAAGGAGUUACCUACUCUGUGGACAUGUGGUUGCACUAUUGUGUCUUCGCUAUUGGCACUUAUGGAGAUGCUGACACUAUCAGAAGGCUAUUUGAAAGAGCAUUAGCUUAUGUUGGAACAGAUUAUUUGUGCUUCCCACUCUGGGACAAAUACAUAGAGUAUGAAAUUUCACAACAAAAUUGGUCCCGUGUUGCCACAAUUUAUACAAGGGUGUUAGAGAUUCCAAAUCAGCAGCUGGAUCGCUAUUUUGAAGGGUUUAAAGAGUUGGUUGCUAGUCGUCCUCUGUCUGAGUUGCGAACGGCUGAGGAGGCACCUGUCAUUGCCGAUACAGAUUCUCAAGAAAAUGAGGGAGAGGUUCCUCCUGAUGCUGCAGAACAAUCAUCUACGGCUGUAAACGCAAGCUUGAAAGAUGCUGAGGAAUUGGAGAAGUACAUUGCUAUUAGGGAAGAGAUGUAUAAGAAAGCUAAAGAAUUCGAUUUUAAGAUCAUUGGUUUUGAAACAGCGAUCAGGAGGCCCUAUUUCCACGUGAGGCCUCUCAAUGUUGCGGAGCUUGAAAAUUGGCAUAAUUAUCUUGAUUUCACAGAAGGUGGAGAUGACUUCAAUAAGGUUGUUAAGCUCUACGAAAGGUGUUUAAUAGCAUGUGCUAGAUACCCUGAAUUCUGGAUACGUUAUGUCCUGUGCAUGGAAGCUAGUGGUAGUAUGGAACUUGUGGAAAAUGCUCUUGCUCGUGCCACUCUAGUGUUUGUCAAGAGGCAGCCAGAGAUCCAUCUUUUUGCUGCUCGAUUUAAAGAGCAACAUGGUGACAUUUCGGGAGCUCGAGCUGCUUUUCAACACGUUCACACUGGGAUUGCACCUGGUCUUCUAGAGGCAAUAAUAAAGCAUGCAAACAUGGAAAACCGACUUGGGAAAUUGGAAGAUGCUUGUUCUUUGUAUGAACAGGCAAUUGCUAUUGAGAAGGGAAAGGAGCAUUCCCAAGCUUUGGCUUUGUUGUUCGCUCAGUACUCACGUUUCAUAUUCUUGGUUUCUGGAAAUGUUGAAGAGGCAAGAGAGAUUCUUAUUCGAGGUGUGGAGAGUGCGCCACUGUCAAAACCAUUUCUGGAGGCAAUGAUACACUUAGAGUCAGUUCAAACACUUCCAAAGCAAACAGAAUAUCUAGAUUCUUUGGUUGAGAAAUUUAUAGUUCCCAGUCCUGACAACCCUAGUAUUGCAAGUGUUGAUGACCGGGAGGAGCUGUCAAGCAUUUUCUUGGAGUUCCUGGAUCUGUUUGGAGAUGCUAUGUCUGUUAAGAAGGCAGAUUACCGACAUUCAAAAUUGUUCUUGAACCAUAGAAGCACAUCAGUGUCAAAGAAACGUCAUGCCGAGUACUAUUUAGCUUCGGACAGAACAAAACUUGCAAAAUCACUUGUUUCGACUUCUGUACCCUCUGUGCAGGGUGUGUAUCCUAGUACACAAAGUCAGUGGCCAGCAGGUUAUGGUGCACAACCUCAAACUUGGCCUCAAGCCCCACAAUCUCAGGCACAACAGUGGAAUUAUGCACAACAGGCAGCGUAUGCUGGUUAUGGAGCAAGUUAUGCACAUCCUCAAGCAUCAGUUCCAGUUCCUCAAAAUACAGCAUAUGGAACUUAUCCUCAGACCUACCAAGCGCAGCCGGCUUAUGCACAGCCUGCUGUAGCUGCAACUCCGGCCCAGCAAGCUCCUACUGCUGCUGCCGCACCCUCUGCUGGAUACUACACCGGUUAUUACUAAGGAAGCAAUGGAUCGGUCCAUUUUUGCUGUGUAAUUUGAUUCGUCGGUCGGUUGUAAGGUAUAAGGACACAUACGAUGAGUUUUAUGUGUGCUAUGAAUGGGGUUUUAAGUUGUCAGCUCGUAGGCAAAAUACUUGGUAGAUAUAGCUUAUAUUUAGACGAUCUCAGUGUAAUAUAACUCCUUUCUCUUCAGAUACUUAUGUCCUGAAGAUUAAUUCCAUUUACAAUUUGGCACA